AUGACAAUGGACUGGACUGCAAACCCAUGCACGGGGCGGAAACGACCCCCAGGCGACGACAACGACCUCCAGGCUGAACAGCCGCUCUCCAAGAAGCUCGCGAUGCUCAGCAUCCACUUUGAGAAGAAGCAUCACAGCAACCUGGCUCGAGCGCAGUUACACAAGACUGUCCCCGUCACUACUAUUACCCGCGCGCACCAUGAUGACGAUAGUAUGGAAGUCGAUAAUGACAAUUCAAACGUGGUGUUUGUGCAUAACCUUGAUGACGAGCUCUCGAGCGACGAGGACGAAGAUGCGAAGGGAAUCGUGUUCCUGCCGGAUAUCGAGAAGAAGCUCACAAGGGUACCAUAUGAUAUUGCACGGGGAAGUAGCGGCGGCGGCGAGAUGCGGCAACCGCAAAAGGCCGGGACGAGUACGGCAUUGGUGCUCUAUACGGUGCCGACAUCGCUUACGGUGUCGGCGGAGCAGGACGACGUGAAAAGGGCCAUCAUUGAAGCCCGGGAAAGAAUACGGAAGAAGCAGGCGGAAGAAGCAAGAGCAAACGUGAAUAUAAAUAGUGAGGUGAUAGAUGGUGGGGUAUUUGAGAGUGAGAGGGACCCUGAUGCUAUGGAUAUUGAGUAG